GCUCUCGGGGCCUUGGUGUCGCCCGUUUGAAAUUCACAGUUUUGCUGUUUCCGGAUGGCUACCAAUAUAGGAGACCAGCGUGCCUCAGAAUGGGCAACCCAGUACAACCUGGGUAACGGGAGUGCCAGGGAGAAUGGCAUGGAAGGCCCAAUGCAUGAGAACCCUGAAUGGGAGAAAGCCCGCCAGGCGCUGGCCAGCAUCAGCAAGGCUAGCGCUGCUGCUUCUGGCAACAAUAAAAAUGCCACCAGUGCACCAACAAACGCGCAGUACGCAGCCCAGCAAGGGGAAUCCCUGCAGCAGCAGCAGCAGUACUAUCAAUGGUAUCAGCAGUACAGCAGCUAUCUCUACCCCUAUAAUUAUUAUUACCCUAUGAAUGUCUACCCUGGAUACAACUCUCCAGGGCAAUAUGGUGUCCCAGGAUCUUACUCCUCUACAUCACCCCAACAGCCGCCAGCUCCUGGCCAACACCAAGGAAACAUGAACCAGCCUCCUGUCCCUGGCAUGGAAGAUGCAGCGAUGUCGUACUCAAACCAGCAGCAGCAGAUGGCGGUCCCUAACCCUCCACAGCCACCCAUGCAGCAUCCCAACCAUCCCUCACAGCACGGUGGUCACCCCAUGGGCUCUGGAGGGCAGCAGCAGGGUGGACCUUCCGGAGUGCCACACUCCCAACAGAACCAGUCGAAUGCCUCCUACAACCAGCAACAGCAUUCUUACCAGGAUGGGGCCAAGCCCAAGAAAGGGCAGCAGCUGUGGAACCGCAUGAAACAAGUGCCUGGGUCUGGGGGUCUGAAGUUCAAUCUCCCGAAGCGCCCCUUUGUGGUGACAAACCAGAACUUCAACUCCUCGGAUUCACAGCAGCAGCAACAACACAGCAACUUCAGCUCCCAGCAGAAUUCUGAGAAGCGGCACAAUCACAGCUGUUCCACGGGCAAGCCAGAGGACUGGCCGCAGGACAUGAAAGAGUACGUCCAGCGCUGCUUCACAGCUUGCGAGUCAGAGGAGGACAAAGACCGCACUGAGAAGCUCCUCAAGGAAGUGCUGCAGGCCAGGCUGCAAGAUGGCACUGCCUACACGAUUGACUGGAGCCGGGAGCCGCUUCCAGGGCUGGACCGGGACAACAUGGCCGACAGCCCCAAGAAGAAACAGCAGCGCUGGGAGGUAUCCUCUCUCCACUCGCCACGGCCUUCCAUGCAGUCCACCCUUUCGCAGCAGCGGGGCAGCAGUGGCAGCUCUCAGCCUCAGCGAGGGGGAGGCAGUGGGGGAGCCGGGGCUGGCCGUGCACGUGGGAAUGGCUUCCCUACCAAGUUUGGGAACCGCAACGUCUUCAUGAAGGAAAACAGCUCCUCCUCAAGCAUCGACUCACGUUCCAGGUCACGGUCUUCAUCACGGUCACCCAACCGCCAUUUUCGGAGGAGCGAUUCAGAUUCUGACAGUUCCUACUCGGGCAGUGAAUGUCGAUUGGGUGGCCGUAGGAAUACCCAGAGAAACCGGGGGCGUGGGGGCCACAUGGAUAGAGGCCGGAUGAGAGCCCAACGAGGGAAAAGGCAUGACCAGGGCCCUUCAAAGCGCAACCGGAAGCGCAAUACCAUGGACUACGAAGACCCCGAGAAGGAGUUCAAAAAGGAGCGGCGAGCAGCCCGGUUCCAGCACGGAGGCCACUCUAAAAAGCUGCGCCUGGAGCCCCUUAUCCUGCAGAUCAACAGCUUUGACACCACCGGCUCAGACUGUCUCGACUGGAACGAGCUGAAGAUUGUGGGCACCUCUCAGGAGAUCACCAAACAUUACCUGCGCCUGACUUGCGCGCCAGAUCCAUCCACUGUCCGGCCUGUCUUGGUGCUUAAAAAAUCCCUGUCCAUGGUGAAAUCGCACUGGAAAGAGAAGCAGGAUUAUGCCUAUGCUUGCGAGCAGAUGAAAUCCAUCCGGCAAGACCUCACAGUUCAGGGAAUCCGUACAGAAUUCACUGUAGAGGUGUAUGAAACCCACGCAAGGAUAGCGCUGGAGAAGGGUGACCAUGAGGAGUUCAACCAAUGCCAGACGCAGCUGAAGUCUCUCUAUGCAGAGAACCUCCCUGGAAAUGUUGGGGAAUUCACUGCUUACCGCAUCCUCUACUACAUUUUCACCAAGAAUUCAGGGGACAUCACCACUGAGCUGGCAUACUUGACCAAAGAGCUGAAAGCAGACCCAUGUGUGUCACACGCACUGGCCUUGCGAGCAGCCUGGGCCCUGUCCAAUUACCACCGCUUCUUCUGCCUCUACCGUCAGGCACCCUGCAUGUCCGGGUAUCUCAUUGACAAGUUUGCCGAACGAGAGAGGAAAACGGCCCUCAAAGCCAUGAUCAAAACUUUUCGCCCGGUGCUUCUCGUCUCCUACGUUGUGUCAGAGCUGGCCUUCGAGAGCGAGGAUGAGUGCCAGGCCUUCCUCGCGGCUCUGUCCCUCGUGUAUACUAGCCCCGACGCCACCAAGAUUGACUGCAAGCAGAGCUUGGCGGUCCUGGCCAAUUUCUGAAAAGUCUAAAACCCCCACUUCCUGGCCCCUCCCACCCUGUUUUUUUUAACGUGUACAUAUGUCUGUAUAUAUGUAUAUAACACCAGAUUCACUCGGCUGCUGUGGGCACACAGGAGCCGAGCUCUGCCGCCUCUCCCGCUGUCCACGCCACACACGGAUAGAAGAGGGUAAGAUCCACGGACGCCGGAUGGCAACUGGGACCGUCGGAAAUGGAGAAAAAUCAAAGAGCUUGGUCUAACCAUUGUGGGGAUUUGCCAGCAGUGGGCUAGGGAGGUGUGGGGGAUAUUUUUGCAGCGAUGGCUCAUCAGUUCACAGCUGUUUUUCUUCCCUUCCUGUUGAGGUGAAAAGCACUGCCCAUUGGUCAGGAGUUGCUGAGAGAAAAGGUGGGGGGGAAGCAAUGGGUCUGUCAUUAAAUGGCCAGGAACUGUGCAUUCAAUUGCUGCCUUUUCAUACAGUGUUGUUUUUGCCUACACCACCGAGGUGUUCAGGGGACUAGAGCGUUUCCUGCCUAAACUGCAGUAGGUUCUCUAAACCGCGGUGAUAAGUUCUUACAGAGGCAGAGAAUCUCCAGUGAGAUCCCACUUGGGCAGCCUCUUAGAAAUCAGUGGUACCAUAAGAGCAUAUGGCUCCUUUGUGUAUAUAUGUGGAAUACAUUUUUGUACAGAAGCUACAAGCUGUAAAUAACGCUUAGGGAGAAAAUGUUUUAAGGAGGAAAAAAACUCAUGGUUUUCUACUUUUAUAUUUUAUAAUGAGUUUAACAGAGGGUUUUCUCUGAAGAUGAAAAAUCCAGGUGGUUCUAUGUGCACUUUUUGUGUUCUACAUUGUUCUCCUGAAAAACAAAACAAAAAAAAACUAACGCUGUCUCAGUUUUUUCCUCUUCCGAGCUGUGACCUGGCUCCAAAAGAGCGCACGAGAUGCUGCCUCUCCAGAUGAACAAAAAAAAACACGCCAGCCAGAGGAGGGAAAAGCAAAGCCAAACCUGCCUUCAGUCGUUUCCUACCAGUGCAGAGACUUUUUCCUAUGCAGCGGAGAAUGUAAUAAGACUUUUUUGUCAUUAAGUCCCAUCUGGAAGUGGCACCGCAAAGCUAAGAGAAUCUGAUCAAGGCAAUAAGCAAAUAGUUGUGGAAUCGAAUCGGCACAACGCAAGAAGAUCCUUGCGACCCCUCCUCCUUCCCUAUUGUGUUCUGGAGUUUCUGGAGUUGUCAUGCUCAGUAUUUUAAUUUAUUUAUUUUUUUUCUCCCUCUGUCCUCAGUUCUUUACAGGUAAACUUAGAAAAAAAAUGCGCACCACCUCAUUUUCAUCAUCUUCCGUCACAUUGGUUCAGUUUUUAAACUUUUGAAAGAUUGUCUAAUUGUCUUUUUUUCCCUAUUUUUCUCUCCCCCCCUCCACCUUCCCCCUGUCCCUAGUCUCUCUAGCUUCUCAAGCCUCCCCCCUUCCCUUCUCCCUUUGCUCUUAACUCCUUUCUCUUUUUGUUUUGAACAUGUGUAAUUUGGGGAUGUUUUUUUGGCUUGGGCUGGAUUUUUCAAAGAUUCCUUUUUCCUUUUCAGAAACCUUUUGAAUUUCCUCAUUUGAUAAAAAGCAAACUUUAAAAAAUA